AUGUAUCUUGUCAGUGUCACAGUUGUCACAUUGUCAGCAGUCGUGGCACUGACGUCGUCAGAGAUCUUCACCUCCUCCCUGAAGGUGGAGAGGAUGGUGAUGGAGGAGGAGAGUCUGCUGGGAGAGUUCAAAUCUUUCAUCGACCAACAGUACGAGAGGUUGAAGACUUUGUCAAUUUUUUACUCCGAUCGACUACGUGAGGUCAGAUUUCGCGACGACCCAGGUGCCAGAGAGAAGCUGCAGCACCCAAACGCCGUGUACCUGGCCAUCACUCGAUACCUGCACGAUUACACCUCGAUACUGGGUGACAGGUUUGGAAGUUUUCUAAACGCUGCAACUCGGUCAGGCAAACAUUUCAUGGCACAGGAAGAAGAUCUGGUUGGUGCCAGAUUGUCCCUGCUGAGACUUCAGUCUGUCUACAAAAUGAAAGCCGAAGACAUGGCAAGGGGAGACUAUCUUGGCUUUCAAGGGCCACCACUCUCAUCAAAAGAUGCCUUUGAAAUAGGAGCAGUAGCUUACACGGAGGGAAAACUAAACCAAAGUUUAGAUUGGCUGAACGCCUCAAUCAACUUGUACAACAGUAACGACAACCCAACAGGACCAACACCUCUGGUUGUUACAGCUUUAAUGGGGCGCGCUUAUUUACUCAUUGGCGACCUGACAAGAGCUGAACAAAUCUACGAAGACGUUAAAGAAUUAGAGCCUACGUGUGGUGACGCUAAAGUUCUGGGUGAGGAGCUCAGAUCACGUCCAGCCUUUACUCCUACACGACCCAAAGCCAAUUUCGUGAACUUCAGCCGUCUCUGUAGCCUGGAGAAUCGGCACCACAUACCUAACCCGAACAACCCGAGACUUGUGUGCCGGUACAGAGAGACUCUACUGCCCUACUACAGGUUUAAAGAAGAGAUCCUGUCUGUUGCCCCGUUUGUUUCCGUCAUCUACAACGUCAUCAGUGACGCUGAGGGCGACCACCUCAAGGGUUUUGUCAAGAACAAGCUUGUGAGAGGAAAAAUUGGAUCUGGGAAACCAAUAGUAUCAGACGUGAGAACUAGUGACUUGUCCUGGAUUCGUGACUACGAGUCAGACCUGGCAUCGUCCAUCUCGAAAAGAAUCGAAUACAUCACAGGUCUCGAUACGUCACAGAGACACCCCUACGGUCCAUCGUCGUCAGAAGCGUUUCAGGUGGUCAACUACGGCCUAGGCGGGCAUUAUGAGGUGCAUAUGGACCCACUUGAGACUGUAUCAUCGCAUUCCGAACUGAAGAACUCAGGGGAGAGAAUCGCUACUUUUCUAAUUUAUUUAAGUGAUGUACAGCGAGGUGGAUCUACCGUCUUCACUAGAGCUGGGAUAGCUGUAGCACCUGUCAAGAACAUGGCUCUUUUCUGGUACAAUUUCAACCCAGCUCAUCAGAAGGAUCAAAUGACUCUACAUGGCGGAUGUCCUGUACUCAUUGGGCAAAAAUGGAUUUGCAACAAAUGGAUCUGGACUUACGGCAACACAUUGAGAAGAAGGUGUGGUCUGACACCUGAAGCCACCCAGCUCGAUAUUGAACCUGACAUGAAGAGAGGCUAUAAAUAGGAAGACGGUGGUGGACCUUCAAGCAGUUUAGUACAGAAUUUAAGAUGUUGUUUAUCAAAGUGUUCAACUGGUGAUCGAGAAUGUAGUGAAGUGAAUCAAAACGCCAAACAAUUGUAUACUGUCCGAAUGUGGUUUAUUUUGUGGAUAAAAGAAACGGAAAAAUACAUUCCAAUUACAUGUGGUUUAAAUGAAUCAACUUAUCAUCAACAACCGAUUAAAAAAAAACUUGGUGUUACAAAAAAUAUAUGUAUAAAAAUUUCACGAUUUAUGUCUCAUGUAUUCUAUUUAACAUUUUGUAAACAUGGUCUAUAAAAUCAGUUGCAUUUCCUUUUAUCUGUACGUUUUCCAAAUGCAAACGUGUAAUUCAUUCAUAAAUAAUUAGAAAUGUUAAUAAAUUAAUUAAUAAGACUAUAGGCUUUUAAUUC